GAGCCGGGACCUGCUCUCCUUUCUCCUUCGAGCAGAAGAGGAGCUAGCGUGGAGAUUAGAAAAACCCCAAAAAACACACAAGGCUCGAGUUAAUGUUUGAGAAGUUCGGGUGCGGGAGAGUCUGAAAUAUUUGAUGGACCGAAGAUGCUGCUCAUACAUGCCAACCUGAAGGGCUUCUUUGCAACUGAUUGGAGUUUGGGUGUCUGUUUAGGAAUUUUGGCUUCUUGGAGAAACAGUAGAAAAUGCAAAACGAAAUAAUAAAGCCUGCUAAAUACUUCUCGGAAGUGGAGAAGAGUGUGCUGCUUGCGUUAGUUGAAAAAUACAAAUAUGUGCUUGAAUGUAAAAAAAGUGAUGCGAGAACUAUUGCUCUGAAACAACGUACCUGGCAAGCGCUAGCUCAUGAAUAUAAUUCACAGCCCAGUGUAUCACUGCGAGACUUCAAACAGUUAAAGAAAUGCUGGGAAAAUAUCAAGGCACGGACAAAAAAGAUAAUGGCACAUGAAAGGCGGGAGAAGGUAAAAAGAAGUAUUAGUCCACUUAUAAAUACUCACAUCGUAGGGAAAGAGAAGAUUGCCAGCAUAAUGCCUGAGCAAAUGUACUUUUUGCAGAGCCCACCAGAAGAAGAUUCUGAAUAUCAGCCUGAUGCUUCUAGUCAAGAAAAAGCAAAUAUUAAAAUUAAUAGUACUUCAUGUAUUUGGAAACAGCAAGAUAAUGAUUUACGGGUGAUAGUUGGUUUGUCGUACGAGGAUGACAAAGAACCUCACAAAAAGAUAACGUCAGAUGUUUGCUAG